AUGGCAGAGGGGAAGUCGAUUGUAAGGAAGACAAGUAUGUCUCCCAAAAGUAGUUGGAUUCACUUCGAUGCUAAAGGCCAUGGUUCCUUACUCGACUUGGACAAGUAUGAUAUCAUGCGUCGAGUUCAGAUUCAUGCUCGUGAUCUCAGGAUUCUUGAUCCAUUUCUCUCUUACCCCUCUACCAUUCUUGGUCGAGAAAAGGCUAUUGUUCUUAACUUGGAGCAUAUCAAAGCAAUCAUCACUGCUAAAGAGGUGUUUUUGCAAGACCCAAGGGAUGAAGAUGUGGUGCCCGUUGUUCAGGAGCUACAACGGAGGUUGACUGCUGUUCAUACAAAUCAAGGAGAAGGAGAAGAGUAUCCUAGCCCACACGAUACUGAAAUAGUUGAAGAGGAUGAGCCACCCUUUGAGUUCCAAGCCCUAGAGGUAAUUUUAGAAGCAAUUUGUAGUUUCCUUGCUGCACGUACAACAGAAAUGGAAAUGGCUGCUUAUCCUGCAUUAGAUGAACUUACCACCAAGAUUUGCACUCGUAAUUUGGACACAGUUCGUAAAUUGAAGAGUUCCAUAACGAGGCUGACUACUAGGGUUCAGAAGGUGAAAGAUCAACUAGAACAAUUAAUGGAUGAUGAAGAUGACAUGGCUGAUCUAUACUUAUCAAGAAAGUUGGCAGGCACAUCAUUGCCAAUAAGUGUAUCAAGAGCUGCUAAUUGGUAUGUUGUGUCGCCCACCAUAGAACCAAAACUAUCUAGGACAAGUAGAGCAAGUGUGGCAACAUUUUAUGAAGAUGAAAAUGAUGUGGAGGAGCUUGAAAUGUUACUAGAGGCUUAUUUCAUGCAAAUUGAUGGCACAUUGAACAAAUUAUCCACACUACAAGGAUAUAUUGAUGAUACUGAAGAUUAUAUUAAUAUUCAGAUUGACAACCAUCGAAAUCAGUUGAUUCAGUUAGAGAUGUUUCUUAACUCGGGAGACCUUUCUCUAUCUUUCUAUUCUUUGGUGACUGGAAUAUUUGGCAUGAAUUUUCCAUUUUCUUGGAAUCAAAACCAUGGCUACUUGUUCAAAUGGGUAGUUACUUUUACUGGAGUUUUUUGCACUGUUUUGUUUCUCGUCAUAGUUACCCAUGCUCGCAAAAAGGGGUUGGUUGGGUCAUGA